CCGGAGUGGAGCCUUGGAGUAGCAGGAGCAGAUUUCCGGCGGAAAAAUGAGCAUGAACGGAAAGCAGGAGGCCCCAGUAGCAGCCAAGGAGGAGUUUGUGGGGUUCUUCCCCCAGAUUGUCAGGGAUCUGACCGACGAUGAGCUCCAUAGCCCAGAAGUGGGUGAUGCAGUCACCAGACUAAAAGAAGUCAUAGAAUACAAUGCUGUAGGUGGGAAAUACAAUCGGGGUCUGACGGUUGUGGCCGCUUUCCGGGAGCUGGCCGGGCCAGGCCAACAGGAUCAGAAGAGCUUCGAGAGGGCCUUGGUCGUUGGCUGGUGCGUUGAGCUGCUGCAGGCUUAUUUCCUGGUGGCAGAUGACAUCAUGGACUCUUCGAUUACACGCCGAGGCCACCCUUGCUGGUACAAAAAGGAAGGAAUCGGCUUGGACGCCGUGAACGAUUCUUUCCUGAUCCAGUCCAGCAUCUACUGUCUACUGAAGCGGUACUGCCGAAGCCAGCCGUUCUACCUCAACCUGCUGGAACUGUUUCUCCAGACUUCGCACCAGACCGAGCUAGGCCAGGCUUUGGACCUCAUCACGGCACCCCAGGCCCAGGUGGACCUGAACCGCUUCACGGAACAGAGGUACAAGACGAUUGUUAAAUACAAGACUGCAUUCUAUUCAUUCUACCUACCCGUGGCUGCUGCUAUGUACAUGGCAGGCAUUGAUGGCGAAGAAGAGCACGCUCACGCCAGGACCAUCCUGCUGGAGAUGGGGGAGUUCUUUCAGAUCCAGGACGACUUCCUGGAUUGCUUUGGGGAUCCCAGCGUGACUGGCAAGAUCGGGACCGACAUCCAAGACAACAAAUGCAGCUGGCUGGUAGUGGAGUGUUUGAAACUGGCCUCCCCAGAGCAGAGGCGCCUGCUAGAGGAGAAUUAUGGACAGAAGGAUCUGGACAAGGUUGCCCGGGUGAAACAGCUCUACGAGGAUCUGGGCCUGCAAGCCGUUUACCUGGAGUACGAGGAGAGCAGCUACCAGCGCCUCUCGGCCCUCAUUAAUGAGCACGCUGUCCGCCUGCCCAGCCAGAUUUUCUUUGGCCUGGCCCAGAAGAUCUACAAGCGGCAGAAGUGA